UUCAUAGUUCAUAUCGUGAUCAACAAACAAGCUCUCUCCAACUUAAAAACUAAGUUGAAUUUUUAUAUUUUUAAUAUAAUAUUAUGUCACCAGAUUAUGGUUGCUUGGUGGCAUUUAGAAUAUUAUCUACUAUUUUCGUACAAAAUGGCUAUAUUCAUCCUGAUGAAUUUUUUCAAACGACUGAAAUCAUCACUGGUGAUGUCUUUGGAGUUAUACACGGCCGCCCUUGGGAAUUUAAUAAAGACACACCAGUUAGAAGUAUAGGUUUAUUAUAUGGAAUUUUUGGCAUGCCAUUAUAUAUUGCCAAAUGGAUUUUUAAAUUAUUUAAAAUUCAGUGGAAUCCUUUUCUAUUGAUGUUUGUUUUCCGAUUAGUUACUUGUGCAGUGUCAUUUGUAACUGAUUAUUCAUUAUAUAAGAUAUGUAAAUUACUCAAACUUAAGUCUAAUAGGUAUUUGUUACUUCUUUCAAGUUCUUAUGUUAUAAUUGUAUUUGGUACAAAAACAUUUACCAACUCUUUAGAAUUGGCUUUAGCAUCGCUUUUGCUGUGGAAAGUUGCUGACAGUAUGACUGUUUCAGAUAAAGUUUUAGUUGCUGAAAAUGAAAUACGAAAUAUGUAUGCCUUUCGUACAUCAAUAACAGAUAAAGUGUUGAUGAGCCGUAAGCUGCGUCUAUUACCUAGUCAUCAUUUUUCUCAUUGUUUGGAAAUUGGUACCAUUUUAGCCGUUGGUACCUUCAAUAGACCAACUUUUUUACUAUUUGCUGUUACCCCUAUAUUCUAUUGGGUUUCCAGAGGAUUUUCUAAAAACAAUGAUCGUUUUAUAAAAAUAUUCAAUUUACGUUUUAUAAUAUUAUUUCUAUGUACUCUACCUGGAGUUGUUAUGUUUAUUCUCAUUGAUUCAUUUUACUUUGAACAUAUAACAGAAAACAAAGUCAAUUUAGUCAUAACACCUUUAAAUUUUAUCAAGUAUAAUAUACAACCUUCAAAUUUGGCUGAACAUGGUAUCCACUUUCGAAUGACUCAUGCCAUCAUAAACAUGCCAUUGCUUUUCAAUAUCUUAACUCUACUCUUUCUAGGACGUUUACAAUUCAGUUCUUUGAUAAAAAUUAUUUUAAAUCAUCAUUACCAUUUAUUACCAAAUAUUUAUGAAGUUAAAACUUUAAUGAUGGCUAAUGUGAUCAUUCCAUUGUUCCUGUUAUCAAUUUUUCCACACCAAGAGCCCAGAUUUUUGUUACCUCUUUUAUUACCAAUUGUAUUUUCUACUUCCAAUUAUUUUUCUACUUCCAAGUAUUUUUCUAGUCAUUACAUGAAGAAUUUUAAACAUAUACUUCCAAUUUGGUGUUUUUCUAAUAUUAUUGGAUUUAUAUUUUAUGGUUACCUGCACCAGGCUGGUAUUAUUCCAAUGAUCUCAUAUUUAUUUCAAGAUAUUAAACAUGCAACUAAUACCUAUUUAAUUCAUAGUCAUACAUAUUCUAUUCCUGUUGGCUUAUUAAUGGUUCCUCAAUCAAACGAAAGUUUUCUUUACACGAAUCAACGUCACAUCAAAGUAUAUGAUCUUGGUUCUUCAUUGGAUCCCAAUGCAUUGUAUGACACUGUGAUGAAUAUUAUUAAAAAUAUUCCUUAUAAAGAAGAACUUACAGUCUAUUUUUCACUAUCUGGUUCUUUAACCAAGCAAUUUGAAUCAGUUGGUAAUGCAUCUAGUCUUGCAUACACAAAAAAAAUGUUUUUUCCUCAUUUGUCAAUAGAAUCAUUACAAUUUUAUUUCACAUCCAUGAUAGAUUUAUUGUACCAUGACAACAAUAUGCCUUAUAUUAGUUUGACAGAACUUCGUGAUAUAUUUUCACUUGUACUUUAUAAAAUUACUAUAAAGACUGAAUAAUAAUACAACAUUGCAUAUUUUAUUAUUUAUACAAUUAUAUUACU